AUGAAGGGUCUCACAGCUCAGCCAAAGCAGAGUCCUUUCAAGGAUCUCUUUCACAUCAUCAGCAUGUUGCCCACAACUAUCCGCGCGCCUCCUUCGCUUGGAGACUUCACUCCAAUUGAAGAGCACCAGGCGCAAACCCCCGAGACCUUUUUUGGGGGGAAGCCCGUCUUGUAUUUCCAUCACGAGGGUGCCAAAGCAUGGAUCCCGGCGUCGCAAAAGGGAAGCUUGGCCGUCUUCCCAGCUGACGCCUCGACUACGGCCUCGGCCCCCGAUGGCACGACCUUAAGAGAGAUUACCGAGGAGCUGGUGGAGCAGCAGGUUUCCGUCUUCGUCACUUCGGAGAACUUCACUAUCUUCUCCCCAGCCCAAGGCGCUGGCGUGCAGAUCCCCUACCCCUCCAUCUCCAUCCACGCCGUGAAGCAGGUCGGAACCAUCUCCGAAGGCAUCCCUCUUCAGGCCAUCUGGAUGCAACUGCAGCUUGCCGAUGGCGGUGACGGUGACGACGACUUCGAUACGAUCGACUUGACUCUCAUUCCCGCAGUCACCGCUGGCGCCCAGGCCGACAUCCAAAAGUUCUACGACGCUAUUUCAGCAUGCUCGGAUCUUCACCCUGACCCUGUCGAUGAGGAGGAUGAAGAAGAGGACGGCCGCAUUAUUUUCGAGGGCGAGCAUGAGCCGGUCGAGGGUUAUGAGGGAGUCCUGUAUGGUGCCCCCGAUGGAGGCUUGCCUCCUGCCUUCCCUGGAAGCGGAGGCUGGAUUACGGCAGAGAACGUCCACGAGCACUUUGACGCCGACGGCAACUGGAUCGGUCAAAAUGGUCAUCAGGACGAGGUGGAUGAGGGAGGCCAACUGGGAGAGGGAGCCGGUCGGGUUCGCGAUCACGACGAAGCCAACAACGGCGUCAACGGCCAUGACGACCCGGAUAACAAGCGUCCACGCGUUGACGAGUCAUGA